ACAGCUGUGUUUAGGGCCGUUUCAGUUUUAAGAUUUGAAACUUAGAUUAAAUCUCGGUUGUGUAUUACUUCUAAGACAGCCUGCACUAUGUGUGUGCGUGUAGAGACACCACAACAUAGUUAAACCCCGUGGAUUAUAUUUCAGCCGCGGCGUUGUGUGGAUUUAAAUCCAGUGGAGAUGGGAACUUUUCCACAGUCUUGUUAUAGGCACACGGCACGAACAUGCACGCCUGACUUAAAAUCUGCAUUAAAAAGUUCAUGACAAUUUCUUCUUUGUGGCGUGGACAUUCGCACGUAUCUGAUGAUUAAUUGCUAAAUAAGAGAUCGGUGUCACGUACAUUCAUUAUUCAUGUGAAAGCAGAUUUUGCUUGCAGAAAUUAAAGGAAAAUGUUUAAAAUACAAGUGAUUCGUUGAAGUCCUGUUAAAUAUCAGUGAGUGUCUUAAUAUGGGGACGGGAGCCUCGAUUUCGCAUACAGACAAAAAAGAAGGCAUCCCGCCGUGGAUCAACACAGUCCAUCCCCCAAGCAACACUUUUUAUGACACGUUCGGCGACAUGGCACAGGGGAUGCAACUCUUAGCUAUCAACACUGUUUGCAGAAAUAGGGCAGGGCAGAGCGAGACAGACGCUGCCCAAUGGAAGAAAGGAUUUAAAUCAGGCAAACACGUAUUUGAAAUAGCAUUCCCUGUAUCAUAUAGAGGCAGGGAAGCUUCUGUUGGUGUGGGCUACAAGGACUGCCCUCUGUGUGUGAAGGGCAGGGUUUGUUUGGUGGGCUACAACACCAGGUCAUGGGGCAUCAGCCUCACCAGACGAAAGUCAAUGCACAACAACACAGAGGCCAGCAGAUAUCCACACACAAUGGUGUUUCUGCCAGAUAAAUUCUACAUGUAUUUAGAUGCGGAUGCCGGAACUCUUCAGUUUGGGUCAGACGAAGACUUUUAUGGCGUAGCACAUUCUGAUAUUAACAUGAGUCAACCAGUUCACCCCAUGGUCUCGGCCUGCAGUCAAGGAGCGACCAUCACACUUGUAUAUAGGGGCAAAGGUGUUGUCAGAAAAGGCCCAAGUCAAAGGCGAGAAAAAAUCAAAACAAGUUACAAAGAUUUCAGAAGGAAAUUUAGUUAAUAAAUCAUUGUUGUUGUGUAAUUAACAAUCUACA